ACGUAAUGGGUGAUAAUAGUUUGAAUGGUAUGGUGAGAGAGGAAAUGCACCAUCAGGAUGAAGAAAAGCAUCGUCGGCAACACCAAGAUCAUGAUGAUCACUUCAAAAAUGGAAUGGAUGAACACCACGAUGGUGAAGAUGCUGGUGAAGAUGGUGGCGAGUAUGAAAGUGCCCGUCGAAGUGGACAAGAACAUGAUGAUUUUGAUAGUUAUCAGCCGUAUUCAGAACGCGGAUCAGAACGUGAACAUGGCGAUUAUCGGGGUGAAGAAUACCACGGGGAUGAUUACCGUGGUGAGGAAUAUCGUAGUGGUGGUGAUGAUUUUCGCGGUGGAUUUCGUGGACGUGGCUAUCGUGGUGGGGGAGGCGGUAUGUCACCCUAUGGUUAUGGACCUCAAAAUAUGGGUGGUGGUUGGCGCCCGCGUGGUCCAGGUAAUUGGAGAGGUGGAAGGGGUAUGUAUGGCGGUGGUCCUCGAGGACCUUAUGGUAAUGGUGAUAUGGAUGAUGGAUAUGGUUACGAUCGUUCGAGGGGUGUUCGUGGUGGUUUCCAGCGCAUGCGUGGCGGUUACGGAAUGCGUGGGCCACGGCCUGGUUAUAUGGGUGAUGGGCGCGGCAUGCGAGGUCCACCAUUCCAACCGCGACCUCCGUUUUAUCCUUCCCCAUAUCCAGGCAUUCCUCCAAUGGGAAUGCCUCCCAUGGCUCAUCAAAUGCCUGUUCAACAGACGCCUCAACAGCAAGCAGAAAGGUUAAAAAAGCUGGCUGGUGUUGCACCAGAUCAGGAAUUGUGGGUAGAAACAAAGUCACCAGAUGGAAAGCCCUACUACUAUAACGCUGUAACACGUGAUACGGUGUGGGAGAAACCAGAAAAUGCCAAAGUAAUGGAACAGGGUGAAUUACAGGCUCUGGUUGAAAAAGAUGCGAAAGAGGAAAAAGAACAAGCUGCUUCGCAAGGUGCUGCUAGUGGAUAUGGAGCUGGUGUACCACCUCAAAUGGCCGCUGGUAUGCCGAUGGGUGGAUAUCCACCAAUGAUGCCACCACCAGGCUUCCCCAUGAUGCCGCCUAUGAUGUUUCCUCCACGUGGUCCAGGUUACCCGCCUAUGUUUCCUGGUGUUCCGCCAGCUUAUCCGAUGCCAGUUCCUGGAAUGCCGCCAGUUGUGCCUGCAGCUGUUGGCCCUGGCACUGAUGGUGCCCCGGUGUCAGAGGCUGUGCUUUGGCAGGAAUAUACAUCACCUGAUGGUCGUAAAUAUUAUUAUAACACCCAGACCCAGGAAACAACUUGGGACAAGCCAAAAGUGCUCGAAGUCUCUAAUAUUACCAGUGGCACUAGUGAAUCUUCCGAAAAUAAUACUGGUACGCCAACUUUCACAGAAGCACAACAGCAAGCUGCAGCUUUGGCGCAACAACAGGUUCAAGCUCAAUUAGCGGCAGCUAAAGCAGCUGCAGAAGAAGCAAAAAAACAUGAAGAGGAUUCGACAAAGGAAUCAGAAGCUGUGGAGACGAAACAAGUGGAUAAAUCUAGACCUGUUAGCAGUAAUCCUGUGGUUGGGACUCCAUGGUGUGUAGUGUGGACAGGCGACCAUAAAGUUUUCUUUUAUAACCCAUCAACACGUACAUCAGUCUGGGAGAGACCACCAGAGUUGUAUAAUCGACCAGACGUUGAUUUAUUAGUAUCGAAGCCACCAGAAGAGAAAAAGCCGGAAACUGCUAAAAAAACGGACGAUGAAGGGAAAACAGGAAGUUCGGAGGAGAGCGAUGAUGACGAGGAUAAUGCGCCACCAGCAGCUAAAAAAAGCCGAAAAGAAAAGAAGUUAGAAAAACAACGUCUGGAACAAUUAGCAGCGAAAAAAGAGAAGGAUAGGCCAAGGCAGAUGCUUGAGAAGCAAGUUGAUCCAGCGAUUCAAGCAGAAUUACAAGCACAAAAAGAGAGAGAAGAAGUACCGUUUGAGCGUAGGCUGCAAGAAUUCAAAGAAAUGUUGACAGAGAAAAAUGUUAGUGCUGGAAGCACCUGGGAAAAGGAAUUAUCUAAAAUUGUAUUCGAUAAGCGGUAUCUACUUCUAAAUGCUGUGGAACGGAAGGCUGCCUUCGAAGCUUAUGUGCGUGAACGAACUGAAGUUGAACGAGCGGAGAAAAAAAGACGUGCUAAGGAAGCAAGAGAAAAUUUCAAGAAUUUGCUUGAAGAGGCAAAAUUACAUGGAAGAUCGUCAUUUUCAUCAUUCGCUUCAAAAUGGGGCAAAGAUAGUCGAUUUAAAGGCGUUGAAAAAAUGCGAGAUAAAGAAGAUAUUUUUAACGAAUAUGUUCAAGAACUAGAGAAGAAAGAAAAGGAAGAACGUAAAGAGAGGAAGGAAAAGGUUCGAAUUCACUU